GACGGCCAUGGACGAGCGCGCCCCCGACAAGCUGUUGCAGGCCGCCCAGUCGCAGCUGCGGUCUCAGAUCAUCGCCGAGAAGACCACGACGCACAAUAAGUUCGAGAGCGACUUCAGCGGUCAGUACAAGGCGCCGACGACCAGCAAGCGGAACGUCGCGGGUCUCGCGCAACUGAAGGACACGGUCGAGAACCACGAUGGGAAUUUCAGCAUCCGCUCGGCGCUGGGUCGGGUCUUCAACAGGCAGCUGGACUACGACCCGAAGAUGAAGGCCGACUGGGCCAACGCUGAGGACAGGGGGAAGUUCAAGAUCGAGUGGGCGCGCAAGGAGUACAAGGGCAAGAUCAAGUCCAGUCGCACGUUCGAGGAGACGCUGACCAACAGUUGGCUGGAGACGGGCGAGCUGUGCUCGUUCCUGAAGCUGUGCUACGAGGAGGGCGGCCCGCGCGGCCAGCGGGACCCAGACUGCAUAGCGUCGUGCGUCAGGUAUGCGCAACGCUGCAUCGACUUAGGCUUCCCCUUCUGCCAAGUGGACGACAUGAACGACGUCACAAAGUACAUGCACUUCAAAGUGCGGUGGCAGCAGAACUUCGAGAAGGUAUGGCAGGAGAGGCACGAGCAGACGUUGGAGGGCGAGCCCGAGCCCGAGGCGGUCGCCCAGCCCAAGCCGAAGCCGAAGCCGAAGCCGAGGGCGGCGGCGGACAUCGCGAUGAGCACGGCCCUGGGUCAGGCGACCAAGACUGUGACCGCCGCCAAGAGCGUCAUCGCCUCGGCCGCGUCGGUGGAGACGCUGAUCGCCGACGCGAAGAAGGAUGACGAUUGGAUCUGGGCGAAAUCCGAGAAGGUGCACGGCGUGCUCAAGCGGCUCAUCACCACGCUGAACGAGGAGGUCAAGAGCGUCCAGCUGGCCCACCUGCUCAUGACGGGAACCAGUGCUGCGAAG